AUGGAGGAGGAGGGUUAUGGUGGUAUUGUGCCGCUGGGUUUUUAUGAAAAUCAGCUGCUGGGUUCUAACGGAAUGCCGCUGGGUUUUCGGUUUCAUCCGACCGAUCAGGAAUUGAUCAGUUUCUUCCUCUACAACAGAGUCCUCCACAGAGAGUACUGCGAGAAUUUAAUCUACGAGUUCGACCUCUUCGGCAAGACUCCACCGUGGGUGGUUUGGGAGAAUUUCGGCGGGCCAGGACUUGAAGAUCAAGAUUUGUACUUCUUCUGCCAACUCAAGCCUAGAAGCCAGGCGCGCAUCAAACGUGAAAUUGACGCCGGAGGUACGUGGAGCGAAUCCAAUUCAAAGCCGGUAAAGGAUUUGCAGAAUAAAAAAGCUAUUGGGAAAAAGAGGAAUUUGCGGUAUGAGAAGGAAGGAUGCGAGCAUGAUGGUGACUGGCUCUUGGAAGAGUACAGUAUUCUUUCCAGUGUAGUUGGUCGCGCUGAUGAUUCCGAUCACGAAAUUGGGAAGGUGGUUCUCUGCCGACUUAAAAAGAAUUCUAGGAACGAAAACAAGAAGAAUAAUUCGAAUUCAACCCAACAAGUGAGCGAGCAGCCGGCAAAAAUGAGAGCAAGAAAAGAAGUCAAGGAGAAGCCGGCGAGAAAGAGAGCAAGAAAAGAAGAGAGCGAGAAGCCGGCGAAAACAAACAAGAGAGCAAGAAAAGAAGAGAGCGAGAAGCUGGCGAAAACAAAAAAGAGAGCAAGAAAAGAAGAGAGCGAGAAGCCGGCGAAAACAAAGGCAAGAAACGAAGUGCGAUCACCAAAUACUACUAGAGUGAUCACCCAUACCAUUGAGGAACUACAAAACUGCCCUAGUACUAGCAGUGCUCCCUUCCUGCCCUUCGAUGAAAGCAAUUACAAGAUGAUUAGUGACGCUAUUAAUCAUGAUCAGCAGUGCAUAAGCAACAUUGACGGUAGUACGAUGCCUGCAAAUUUUUCCGAUCAUGAUUAUGUGCUGACAAGCUUGGCCAGCGAAGGUGAUGAGCCACUUUUGAAGGAUGAAGAUUUACUUUUUGACAACGGUAUGUUUUUUGACCUCGACGAUUUGUUCGCACCAUUAGACUGUGAAUCUGCAUGGUCACAAGAGAAGCUGCUUCAGAUUGACGAAACUCAAGUGCCUUUGCCGUUGGAUGGGAUGAAUUGUUGGGACGACUGUUUGUGGAUGGGCAAUUGUGUUCAAUGA